AUGGAGCUAGAGAAGGCCUACGACCGCUACGCAGCAACCUACGAUCUCCUUGAUGGCGGAGACGCAGCCGAACAGCUCGGCUUCCCUGCCCUGCGCCAACAGCUGCUGCGCAGGGCGCAGGGCGCGGUGCUGGAGACGGCUAUCGGGACUGGCCUCAACCUGCCAUUCUACGACACUGCUGCGCUGGCGUCGCUCACCGCCAUCGACCUCAGCAGCGGCAUGCUGGCCCGGGCCCGGCAACGUGCAGAGCAGCUGGGCAUGGCAGACAGCGUGCAGCUUGUGCAGGCAGACGUGGAGCACUUGCAGGAGGCGCUAGGGGGGCGUGCCUUUGACACAGUGGUCGACACAUUCAGUCUGUGCGUGUUUCCAGACCCAGGAGCAGCUAUUCGCGAAAUGGCUGCAUGCCUGCGGCCUGGCGGUGUGCUGCUGCUGCUGGAGCACAGUCGCAGCGAAUUUGGCCCGCUGGGGUGGUACCAGGAUGUUACAGCGCCUGCGGUGAUGGCCGCCGGCAAAGGCUGCCGGUGGAAUGACAAUGUGUCACAGCACGUGGAGGCAGCAGGUUUGAAGAUAAAGCGGGUGGAGAGGCAUGUGGCUGGCCUCAUAGUUAGCGUAGUGGCGGUCAAACCGUCGGUAGGAGGUGUGCAAGUGUAA